ACACUUUAACACUUUAACGCUCCGCAUUGUAGAUAAAGACUCACACAGUCGCCAUUUAAUUUCCUUCCUUUAAAAGUUUAAAUAUGUCCUGCGUCAUGCCCUAAAAAACGCGUUUUGCUGUCAGAGUCCGUGCAGGCUUCCGUAGCGCAGUGACUGCUGGCCCCGCCGGUGAAACGCAGCAUUAAAACCAGUUGAAUCGGACGUUUUCUGCUCAGGAACAAUGAGCCGCACUUACAACGAUGAGCUGCAGUUUCUGGAUAAAAUCAGCAGCAACUGCUGGAGGAUUAAAAAGGGAUUCGUUCCCAACAUGCAGGUUGAAGGAAACUUCUACGUGAACGACUCCCUGGAGAAACUGAUGUUUGAGGAGCUUCGUAACGCCUGUCGGGGAGGAGGGACCUGGAGGAGGCUCUGGAGAUGGGAGUGGACUGGUCUCUGAGGGAAGGUUACGCCUGGGCCGAAGACAAGGAGCACUGCGAGGAGUACGGCCGGAUGCUGCAGGCCGACCCCAACAAAGUCUCCUCCAAAGCCAAGAAGAGAGGCCUGCCGCAGCUCGGCACUCUGGGAGCAGGAAACCACUACGCAGAGAUCCAGGUGGUGGACGAGAUCUACAACGACUACGCCGCCAAGAAGAUGGGCAUCGACCACAAAGGUCAGGUGUGUGUGAUGAUCCACAGCGGCAGCAGAGGGCUCGGACACCAGGUGGCCACAGACGCUCUGGUCGCCAUGGAGAAGGCGAUGAAGAGGGACAAUAUCAUCGUGAACGAUCGUCAGCUGGCGUGCGCUCGCAUCAUGUCGCAGGAGGGCCAGGACUACCUGAAGGGGAUGGCGGCCGCGGGAAACUACGCCUGGGUCAACCGCUCGUCCAUGACCUUCCUCACCCGACAGGCCUUUUCUAAAGUGUUCACCACGACGCCGGACGACCUGGACAUGCACGUCAUCUACGACGUUUCCCACAACAUCGCCAAAGUGGAGGAGCACAUCGUGGACGGGAAGCAGAUGACUCUGCUGGUCCACCGCAAAGGAUCCACCAGAGCGUUCCCGCCGCACCACCCCCUGAUCCCCGUAGACUACCAGCUCACAGGUCAGCCGGUGUUGAUCGGAGGGACGAUGGGAACCUGCAGCUACGUCCUCACAGGGACCGAAAAAGGGAUGACGGAGACGUUCGGCACCACCUGCCACGGAGCGGGUCGCGCUUUGUCUCGAGCGAAGUCCCGCAGGAACCUGGACUUCCAGGAUGUUCUGGACAAACUGGCCGACAAGGGCAUCGCCAUCCGAGUGGCUUCACCUAAACUGGUCAUGGAGGAGGCUCCUGAAUCGUACAAAAACGUGACGGACGUCGUCAACACGUGUCACGACGCUGGAAUCAGUAAGAAGGCGAUUAAACUGCGACCGAUCGCUGUGAUUAAAGGAUGAAGCUGCACGACGCGAAGUUUAAAGACAAUUUGAACCAAACGAAGGACGUUGUGAUGAAAGAGACUUCAGAAGCAGAAGAUAUUCGCUUUUUGUUUUGUUUUGGUGUGGAAUCAAUUUUUGUUUAAGAAAUUCAGCAGCGGGAAAAAAUAAGUUUGAAAGUUUUAUUUGUUUCAUGCCAAAUCUGUGAUCUAAAUAAAGGAGAUCACUUAAAACUGAAUCAUAUACUCCAUUGUUAAGCUUUGAGGCAGCAACCAAUCAGAGUCCUCGAUUGCUGGAAAACAUUAGCAGCUGCUGACGAGGUUAGCGUAGCUGCUGCUAUAUCAGAACUGUGCUGUUCGAUUUUAUUUACCCUUGAUUUUUAUUUUUGCAAUUAUUACUUUCUAACGCCAAAAAAACAGAGCAAAAUUGUUUAGAAAAGCUGCCAUAAAAUCAGAACUUUAAAAAAAAAAAAAUGUAUUUGGCACUAAAAAUCUUCCUUAUAGAAGAUCAAGAUUUGUUGUUUUGGUUUGUUUCUAAAGUUUUUUUUUGUUUUUGUUUUCAGGUUUCUGAAUCAGAUAAAAACAAAACAAAAUCUGCUGUGAAAUCAGGAAUUUUAAGGCUCAACAAUCUAAAAACCCCUGGAAGAACUGAUUAAUGGGUUAUUGAUUAAUGGGCUAAUGGUAUAAGGGGUAGUGUCUUUUCAGGUGUCCAUUAUCAGGAAUUAACGGACGGUCCUUUUCAUAAUUACCUCUUUUCUUAUAGCAAGAUGUGCUUCUCUUGCAGUGGAUCAUAUUUAACGCGCUGAUAGUGGAUCUAAAAAUGAUUAAAACAUCAAAUGAAAGGUUUGAAAGUGUGUAACAUCUUUAAUUUAAAACUAAUCAACAUUUUAGGAAUGUAUUAGGUAAUCUUAAUGUUUUAAAUAACAUUAUUUAUCUCAAAGUGACACUGCAGCUGCUCUACAUGAUGUUUACAACUCAUUUCAGAUGAAACUGACUUUUGCUCGGGAACAUGUUUGUUUUGUUGCUUUGCAAGUUCAUACAUUUUAAAUAAAAUAACAUUUCCCUACUUUCACAUCGGUUGGUUUAAAAAAUGUACCGACCAACCUACAAACUUUCUCACUCGACCAUAAAGGUCCCUGCGGGUCCUCAGGUUGAUCCAAUAUCCUGUUAACUGUUAUAACCUGUUCACUUCAAAAUAAAAGGCCUCUGGUAAGAUUUUUAA